AUCUUAAUAUUAUUCUUCAGUACUAAGAUGGGCUAAUCUGAAGCAGCACUUUAGUCUGGUAUCACCCACAGUGCCAGGAGGAUCAAGAACUUUGGAAGUGGAACUUUUCUUUAUAUUUACUUUCCAUUUCACAGAACUCAGCCUAACUUACUUCUUCUCUCUUUUUUUUUUUAAACAUGAAAUAACUGGACAUAAAGAUCUCAGGUGGAUUAUCACACUGCUUCCAGAAGAACUGUCAAACUUGCAAGUUUUACAGGACUGUUUGAUCAAAAAAUCAUCUUUAGACUAAAAGCAGAGUAUGUAGAAAAUAUCUAAGAGUUUUGACCUAUGGAUCAUCAUGACUCAGACUGAAGAACUUUUGAUUACAGAAGUAAUCAAGUUAGAGAUUGACUAUCCUGAAUAAGAAGAUAUGAAGGAAUACACACUCCUCUUCUUCUUGGCUUUGUGCUCUGCCAAAUCUCUCAUUGGUCCUUCAUAUUUGACACUAAAGAAUAUGAUGCUCCAAGAUAUGGAAGAAGACGACGACGAUGACGACAAUUCUCUAUUUCCAACCACUGAACCAAUUAUGCCACUAAUUCCUUUUGAUCUAUUCCCAACAUGCCCCUUUGGAUGCCAGUGCUAUAUGAGAGUUGUCCAUUGCUCUGACUUAGGUUUGACAUCAAUACCUCGCAACAUUCCACCAGACACUCGCAUGAUUGACCUUCAAAACAAUAAAAUAAGAGUGGUCAAGGAAAAUGAUCUCCAAGGGCUCACAUCACUUUAUGCACUGGCUUUGAACAACAACAAAAUAUACAAGAUUCAUCCAAAAGCCUUUCAACCAACAAAGAGGCUACGACGACUGUAUUUGUCCCAUAACCAGCUAACUGAGAUUCCAACAAAUCUACCAAAAACUUUAGCAGAGCUCAGAAUUCAUGCUAAUAAGGUUAAGAAAAUCCCCAAGGAUGUAUUUAAAGGAAUGAAGUCUCUACAUGUUUUAGAAAUGAGUGCAAAUCCUCUUUACAAUGAUGGAAUAGAGCAAGGGGCUUUUGAAGGUGUAAAUAUCUAUCAUAUAAGAAUUGCAGAAGCUAAAUUAACUUCAAUUCCUAAAGAUUUGCCUUCCAGUCUGCUAGAACUUCAUUUAGAUGACAAUAAGAUCACAGCAAUUGAACUUGAGGAUUUUAACCGGUAUAAAGAUCUUCAAAGGUUAGGCCUUGCGAAUAAUAAAAUCAAAGAUGUGGAAAAUGGAAGUUUUGCCAACAUACCAAGUAUACGUGAAAUCCAUCUUGAGAAAAAUAAGCUCAAGAAAGUUCCUCCUGGACUACCUGAACUGAGAUAUCUACAGGUGGUUUUCCUUCAUUCUAAUCAUAUUACAAAACUGGGAGUGAAUGACUUCUGUCCAACAGGAAGAAGAAAGAAGAAAGCAUUAUACAGUGGCAUAAGCCUCUUCAAUAAUCCUGUAAAAUACUGGGAGGUUCAGCCUUCAACUUUCCGUUGCAUUUUAGCUAGAAACAGUGUGCAACUUGGAAAUUUCCUCAACUGAUACUGAAGUUGGUAAUUUCAAAAAGUAACUUGUCCAAAUCAGUUCUACAAUACUUGAAAUUUGCAGGAAAAUGCCAAUUUUACACUACCUAAUCAGUUUACAAAGUAUUCAUUAUUUCAGAGAUGAUAAUUAGAAACAAUAUGUUAGUAGAAUCUAUGGUAUUAUUUGACAAUGUUCAACUUAUAUUUGAAUAAUUUAAACAAAAGCCUUUAUAUCUAAUGGAAGGUCUCUUGGAAAUGGAACUGGAAACUGUAUUUGAUGUUUCCUAUUAUAAUGUUAAAUGCUUUAAUUAAUUCACAUAGUUUUGACAUAUUCUUUCUUUCCAAUACAUUUAAAAAAUCAAGUGGAAGUGACUUUUUCCAUGGUAAGAAAAGUUGCAAAACAAAUUAUCAGACUUCAAGGACAAAUUCUUGUGAUAUUUUUGAUAACCAGCAAAGAUGCAAAGAAAAAAGAGGACUCCAAAAUAGAAUAUAUUUUUAUAAUCUAUUAAGGGAAAUAAAGGUGGGUUUCAUAUCAUGAACUAUCAGGCAAAAAACCUUUUAAAAAGUUUCUUUUUUUUUUUUUUUUUUUCUUGCAACUUUAAGAGGGAAAAGUUCUUCAAUGUUUUGCUAUCAAUAUAAUUUGAUGCACUCUGAACAUUAAAAAGUAGGAUUCAAGAUCUAUCAUAUGCUUCAAGCUUAAUAGGAAUGACUAUUAAAUUCCCUUUACGCCAGCAAAAACAUUUUCUUUUAGCUAUAACAACUGUAAUAAUGUUUUUCAUUUAAUUUUUUCCUGCUUUAUAUUUUGACAUCACACGGGUUACGUACGAAUCCCUCAACAAUGUAAGUACCUUCACAUUGCUGAAUGCAAGCAGAUAAGCUGGAACUCAACUGCCCUGACUUCUCAUGUAGGUCAGCACACAGAAUUCUCAAUACUGACAGUACUGUAUAAAAUGGGUAUUUUAAAAAUCUAUUUAGUGUAUAUUUGCUAUUGGGAUCCAAAA